AUGUCAACACCAUCAAAUGCAAGGCAAUCAUCGAGACAGAGCUAUAUCCAGAAUCCUCACCGUCAGUCAAAUGUACUGGUUUCCACGUCAGCUAUCACACAGCGACAAUUGAGUCAUCUAAAUUCACAAGUUGCACAAUUGCAUGCCAAUUUGUCAGAUUUCAAUGACUUGAUAACAACUGCCAGCGAUCAGUAUAAGAACAUUGAAAUGUUGGGCAAGAUUCAUGCUAGUUUGCUUAUGGGGAGCCGAAAGAUUUUCGAAGAAGAGGCAUUUGACAACUGA